AUGAUUGUCUUACAUCCUUUUGCUUUCCUUCCUUCUUGCACCACCAUUACAUGCUCCAAACCUUUUUCUCAUGACAAACACUUUGUGCCAUCUUCAACACCUCUGCGGAUAGUCCCAAACAAUGCCAGAACAAAGACAUUCUUUUGUAGUGCUAAAAGUCAGAAUGCUAUGGACUUCAAUAUAGACAUCAUUAAGGAAGAUCUGGAACUUCAGGGCAAUGUCGAAGGUGGGCUUUUGGCGCAAGGAAUGUAUCCGAGAAGUGAUGAAAAGGACAUUGAUGAAGAAGAAGCACAAGAAGGUGAAGAUGAUGACGAUGGAUAUUCAGAUCAAGGACCGCAUACAGAGAAUCCUCAAGAGGCACAAUCCCUGUUGGAAGAUAGAUUAGAAAAGAAGAGGAGCAAAAUACUGCACACAAGGACUGGAUCUGGAAAACCAAUGAAAGUUUCAUUUAACAAGACAUGGUUUGAAGUGAAACUCGAAUUCAAAGAUGCAAGCCUUGAUGCUAAGAUAAAGUUGCUUCUCUGUGACCAGUUGAACAUGAGUUUGAAUUCGGAACCAGCCACUUUGCAUAUGCUAGGGUAUGGUUGCGUUGCAAGAAACCUCCACCACCAUACCUUUGUAUAG